AUGCACAUCAAGCAGGUGGUGGUGUGCGGGUUCCGCAGCUACAAGGACCAGGUGGCCGUGGAGCCCUUCAGCCAGCAGCACAACGUCGUGAUCGGGCGCAACGGCACGGGCAAGUCCAACUUCUUCGACGCCAUCCGCUUCGGGCUGCUCACGUCUCGCUUCGCCAACCUGCGGCCGGAGGACCGGCAGGCGCUGCUGCACGAGGGCUCGGGCAAGCACGUCAUGGCGGCCUACGUGGAGAUCAUCUUCGACAACAGCGACGGCCGCCUGCCCGUGGACGACGCGGAGGUGGCGCUGCGCCGCACCAUCGGCGUCAAGAAGGACGAGUUCUUCCUCAACCGCAAGCACAUCACCAAGAGCGACGUCGUGCACCUGCUGGAGAGCGCCGGCUUCUCGCGCUCCAACCCGUACUACAUCGUGCAGCAGGGCAAGGUCAACGCGCUCGCCGUGAUGCGCGAGCGCGAGCGCCUCGAGCUGCUCAAGGAGGUGGCGGGCACCAAGGUGUACGAGGACCAGCGCGUCAAGUCGCUCAAGAUCCUGCAGGAGACGCAAACCCAGCGCGACAAGAUCCAGGAGGUCGUGAACUACAUCGAGGAGCGCCUGGCCGAGCUCGAGGAGGAGAAGGAGGAGCUCAAGGAGUACCAGCAGCUGGACCGAGAGCAGCGCGCGCUCGAGUACACGAUGCACGACAAGGAGCUACAGAACGUGCGCGCGGAAAUCGAGGCGCUGGAGAAGCAGAGGCAGGAGGAGAGCGCGCAGUCCACGGAGCUGCACGAGAAGCUCAUGCACGUCCGCGCCGAGAUCAGUCGCAUCAAGAGCGACCACCGCAAGAAAGAGCAGGAUCUGGUGCUGCUGGUUGAGGAGAAGACGAGUCGCGAGGAUGAGCGCAAAGGACUCAUGGAGGCCAGGUACAAGCUCGAGAUGGAGGUGCAGGAGCUCAAGGAGCAGAUCCGCUCCGACGGUGUGCAGCGGUCGGCCGUGUCCAACGAGGCGGAGACGGUGAAGCGCGAGAUCGAGGCCAAGCGCGCGCAACUGGCCAACGAGAUUCUGCCUGCGCUUCGACAGGCGGAGCAGACGCACGACCAAGUGGCUCGCAAUCUUCAGGAGUGCAGAGCGCAGUCGGAGCACCUCAUCGCCAAGCAAAGUCGCAAAAGUCAGUUCCACACGCAGCAGCAGCGCGACGACUACCUCCAGCGCGAGAUCAGCGAUAUGGAGAGCGUCGUGCGCCGCAAAGAGGCCGACACGGCGGCGUUGCGGCACUCGGUUGAGGGUCUUGCGCAGUCUAUUGAUGCAUCUGAACGAACGCUCCAGCAGCAUAUUGAAGAGCUGAAGGAGCAUCGCCGCCGCGUGGACGAUGUCAGCGCACAGAUGCUGCGUCUGAAGGAGCAGCGCAACAUUCUGAGUGAGGAGCGGAAGGCCAAGUGGCGCGAAGAGAACCAGAUUUCGUACGACGUGCGGGAGCUGGAAAAGAAGCUGAACGACGGAGAAAGCGCGUUGCGGAGUACGAUGUCGUAUGAUGUUCGCCGAGGUCUUCAGGCUGUGCGCGAGAUGCAAGGCCGCAUUCGAGGCAUUUAUGGGCCGCUGAUUGAUCUCGUGCGGCCGGUCGAUGAACGUUACUGUAUCGCUGCGGAUGAGGCUGCAGGAGGCGCUCUUUUCCACGUCGUCGUGGAUACAGAUGAUACUGCAACAAGGAUUAUGCGCGAGCUGGAUAAGAAGAAUUUGGGUCGACUGACACUUUUGCCGCUUAAUCGUCUGAAGGUGAAGGAGCAUUUUGAUUAUCCUCGCAAUGACGCUGUGGUUGCGCUGGUGGAGAAGCUUGAGUUUCCUGCUGAGGUUCGCAAGGGUGUUAUGGCUGCCUUUGGCAAGAAGUUGCUGUGUCGGGACCUAGAUACGUGCGUACGCUACGCGGAGCAGACGAACAUGGACUGCUUGACGCUGGACGGCGACAUGGUUCAUCGUCGCGGUGCUCUGAAUGGUGGUUUUAAGGAUCUCCGGCGAUCGCGCACCCGAGCUAUGAUGGAAGUCAAGCAAGCACAAGUAGAUCUGGAGAACGUGACGAACAGAGCUUAUCGAGUGAAAGCAGAGGCCCAGCAAGCGGAUCAGCGGGUGACCGGCGUCAUUAGCGAGAUUCAAAAGCUCGAGGAAGAGAAACGCCGCGUUCUGUCCUCGCAUGAGCAAUUACAUGACGACAUCACCCGGCGCAAGCAUCAGAUUCGCUCUGAGAAAGAUAACCUGGCGCAAAGAGAGCGAAGCUGUGAUCUUCAAGAACGAGAGAUCAGGGAUUUGGCUGCCAAAGUAACGUCACUUCGCGCGGAGCUCCUUACCCCCAUGCAAGACACACUGGCAGCUGAUGAACAGGAGUUAUUGCAUUCCUUGACGAAAAAAAUCUCACUAUUUGAAGCAGAGGAGCGAGACCAGCGUCAGCGACUGGAAGAGAUUCGCUCCAAGAAAGAGGGUAUCAAGACGGUUCUGGAAGAGAACCUGGUCAGACGUGAGAAUGAGCUGGCACGGCAACUUGGCGAAGGAAUUGAAGAGCUGGCGAUCAGCGAGCGUGAGGAAAAUUUGAAGGCGAAGCAGAUCGACCUGGACGAUGCGUCGCGUUUGGUGGACGACAACACGUCAUCACUGAAAGAGCUCGAGCAAAAGAUCGAGGCGUUGCAGCAGGAAAUCACGAACGAGAAUACGCAGGUGGAUGCUCUAAAUGGAGAGGAUGUAGCACUGAGUGACCAAAUCCAGCAGGAAGCUCGUAAGGCGGAGAAAGUUUUGAACAAGCGUCGUCGGCUGUUGAAAAAACGUGAUGAUGCAACGAAAGACAUCCGCGAGUUGGGAACGUUGCCACUUUCUGAGCUCGAGAAGUUCAAGGAGCUGCCAUACCAAGACGUGAUCAAGCAGUUCAAACGCCGAAACGAGAAGCUCAAGAAGUACAGUCACGUGAACAAGAAAGCGUUGGAUCAGUUCAUGAGCUUCAACGAACAGCGCGCAACGCUUCUGGAGCGUAAGGAGGAAAUCGACGACGCGUACAACUCCAUCAAGGACCUCAUCGACGUGUUGGACAAGCGAAAAGAUGAGGCAAUUUUCCGCACCUUCAAAGGCGUGGCGGGCUUCUUUUCAGAAGUUUUCCGCGAGUUGGUGCCAACGGGUGAAGGCAAGAUGAUCCUUGUUGGGGCCGAUAUAAGCCAAGCUAAUGGCAGUGGUGAUGCGUCGCUGGAAUCAAAUGUCGACACUUAUUCUGGCGUGCAGAUCAAGGUGAACUUCCGCGGCGAGGGCGAUUCUUACUUGAUGCAGCAGCUCUCCGGUGGCCAGAAGGCACUUGUGGCUCUCGCGUUUAUCUUUGCUAUCCAGCGAGUCGACCCGGCCCCGUUCUACCUGUUCGAUGAGAUUGAUCAAGCGUUGGAUUCAACUCACCGAGCAGCUGUCGCAGCACUGAUUCACCGCCAAGCACACUCGAAGGACAGCCCUGCUCAGUUCAUUACGUCGACAUUCCGUCCGGAGCUAGUGAACAUCGCCGACAAAUUCUACGGAAUCGGCUACCAGAACAAGAUCAGCAACGUUUACUCGAUGACGAAGGAAGAGUCUCUUGACUUCAUUUCCAACAUAAUGGCGGAGGAAGAAGGCGUCGCCGACGCGCAGGAGUAA